ACCACCCCCCUCCCUCCGCCGCCCUCUCCUUCUUCUUCUUCUUCUUCUUCUUCACUCUUUCUUUUUCUCUAAUAUAUUUUGUUUCUAAAAGUAAUGGUCUUGAUGUUUUGUUGUUUGUAUUGUUAGUGUCAUAUCAAUCACUUGAAAAAAAUACUCAAGGCCAAGAUGAUAGCUUUGUGUCCUUAGCAAAAUGGAGGAUCUUGAAUAGACUGCAUGAUAGGAAUGAGACUUUAUAUUUAAACUACCGAGUAAGUUUGGUGGCAAUUAUCAGCUCGUAAACAACAAGUGAUUUAAGAAUUAAUUAUAAUUUCUCUUUAGCUAGAGAGAUAAUUUGAAGCAAUGCUGUAUUGCUGUUGCUUUUCUCUCCAUGUCCUCACUGAUAACAUAGAAGAUUUUGCUCCAAUAAUAUACACUCCUACAGUAGGAUUGGUUUGCCAAAACUAUUCAGGGUUGUUCAGACACCCACAGGGAAUGUACUUCAGUGCAAAAGAUAAAGAAGAAAUGAUGUCCAUGAUCUAUAACUGGCCUGGUCAUCAGGUAUUUUGGAAAUCUAAAAUGCAAUAAUGUCCAGUUUUGUUCUCUUUUUUGCUUUUAUCUACAUCUUGGUGAUGCAUUAAGAGUGCUUCGUACUUGUACCGGAUCAGAUGGGAAACAAAGCAAGGUAUAAAAAUGUGUUCAGUGUAGCAAUGUUGUUUGCUGUGAAUACUGAAUAUAUACAUUACAAAAUGAGCACUUUUGCUCGCUUAGAAAUGAAAAUUGGUUCAGCACUCCUUGCCGCUUAAAGGUUAUGUUCAUCAUUGCACUUGACAUAUCAUGGGUAUAUGGCUUCUUCUGUAUUGCAGGUUGACAUGAUUGUCCUGACAGAUGGCAGUCGCAUUCUUGGUCUAGGUGAUCUUGGGGUCAAGGGAAUUGGAAUGCCCAUUGGAAAACUUGAUAUGUAUGUCGCUGCUACUGGUAUCAGCCCACAGAGAAUACUUCCAGUUAUGCUUGAUGUUGGUACCAACAAUCAAAAGCUUCUUGAAGACCGUCUUUAUAUUGACUUUGUGCUGUUUAUUUUAUGUUCAGUGGUCCCUUUACUUUAUUUAAUAUUUUAUUGUUUCAAAUAUCUGCCUUUACUCAUUUUGUCCUUCAUAAGAGUUUAAAGGCUGCAUUUUUGGGACUGAAUAUAUUCAAUCAGAUCACUUGCUCUUUAACAUAAUUGAUUAUUAUCUCUCUUACAGACUGUGAUAGGCCUUGAACACUGCAAUAUUCGAUGCCUCUCUCUCUCUCUCUCUUUUCACAUACACAGAGAGGAGAGGUGAAGUUGC